AUGGAUGUUGUUCUAAGUGAAUUAAAUCUUCCUGGUCCCAAAUUAACAAAACAACAAAUCGACUAUUGCAAUGCUGAACUAGAGAAUAUACUUCAAUCAGAUACAAAAGAUUAUACCACAUACUUUUCAUCUAAGCCAAUACCUGGUAGUAUUGUUGAAGAUAUUGCAGAAGUAGAUGCUGAAAUAGCUGUCCUCGAAAAGAAAAUUAAAACGAUACUAGUCGAAAAUAAAGAAACAGUCCUGGAAGAUAUUUUGAAAAAUAAUGGUUCACAUAGACUCCAAUCAAUACAUAGAGAGUUACAACAGCUGAAGGAAUUGAAUAAUGUGAGUAAAGAUACUCUCACGGGAAAUCAUACAAAUGGUAAAACGAACAAUGAAGAACAUGAUAGGAUCGAUGACUUAAUGAACACAGAGGAACAAACUGAUGUCAAAUCCAAAAAAGAAGAUGAUUUCCAAAAUGUAUUGGAAAAACUAAGAAAGAGAUCAAUGCUGAAUUCAAAUUAUGAUAAGUUUGGAAAUAAUUUGAAUAAUUUACCUCUAGUUUUAGAAAAUUUGGAUAACAUUACUGAUUUAAUGGAGUUACCAUUUCUUGUAAGGACUUGUAUCAAAACUGGUCAUUAUCAAGAAGCUAUUAUGUUAUUUACACAUUCAAAAUCUUUACAAUCUAAAUUUGCGGGUUCAAGCAUAAUUGAUGAUAUCUGUGAAAAGGUGUUAAAUGAAAUUUCCACUACUAUGUUAACGGGAUUAGUUAAAUUGUUAGCAACCAAUGUUACUGUGAAUUCCCUUAAGAAAAUAUUAAAAUAUCUUUCUGCUAUUCCUCCAUUUGAUGAAAAGGAUAAUUCUUCCACUCUGUUGCAAGUAUUUUUAACAAUGCGAUACAUUUUUAUUCAAAGAGAAAUAGAAUCAUACGCAAUCGAAAAGAACAAUAGCAAUAGUUACAUAGUAGAAAUGAUGAUUAAGAGAAAGAUUGAAGUACUAAGAGAAUAUACAUUCACUUCUGUCAACUUAUUUGAAACUUCUUUCCCACUAUUUAAAGAGUCACUUUCAAUUCCAAAUUUAAUUAACAUGAAUAUCAAUAUGGAUGAAGAAGCAGACAAUAAAAAGAAUGAACCAGAAGCCGAAGAAAAAAUAGAAACUGAAGAUAAUAAUGAAACAAAUAAGGGAAAUGAAGAAAAUCUAGCGAAAGAGGGUGAAAACAACUUUAUAAAGAAAGAAUCUAAUAAUGAAACUCCAAAGGAAAAUUCAACUGAACAAGAUGAUUCAAUAGCAGAAAUUUCACUGAAAGAAGACUUAAAGAAACCUGAAACCAAAGGAGAAACCACCGAUGACAAAGAAUCAAAUAAUUUGGACAAAAAUAACGACGUAACAAUAGACACAACGAAGGGCUCCCUUACCGAAAAAACCACUGAAAGAGCAGAAAAUUUGCUAGAAUCAGCAGAUACAAACGCCUUAAUGUUACAGUUCGUCAGCAACUGUAUAACUUUCUUAUUACAAGAAUUAUCUGUCGCUAACACAAAGGGAACCCUUAGCGAUUCCAUAUGCUUGCAACUAGUGUACUGUUCAUUCCGUCUGCGCGACUUAAACAUCAAUUAUCACCAUCUUCUACUAAAUAAAAUAAAAGAAGCCAACUUAUUCAACGAGCAACAAAUAGUAUCUGCUAUCAACAGAAGAGCUGAACUAGCAUCCAAAUAUACAUAA